CCCGGGACCCACUCAGUUUUGCAGUCAGUGUCGUCAGGCGGUCCCCGCGAGGUGCGGUGCUGGCUCUGCUGCAGGACCCCGAGGCCGAGGCCUGGCGCCGUCUGCACUGCUCUGGUCGCGGCAGGCAGGCGGGCGCUGCGGCGCGACAGGAGGCCCCAGAACCUCCAGACCGGCCGGAGGAACCAGACGGCUCCGGCAGCGGCGACCGGCGCCCGGCCCCCGCGUGACUAGCGCUGGUCACGCUGUACUUAAUCACAGUUAGUUGGUGCUCCAGGCUGGCGGUGCUCAUGUCUGUCCGAGCCGGGUAGCCCAGGAGAUUUGUUUUAUGGUGGCUUCUUUGCAAUGCCAAAGGCACCCGAUUACUCAGAAGUGAGUGACUCUUUAACGCUUGCCGUGGGAACAGGAAGAUUUUCGGGACCGCUGCCCAGAGCAUGGAGAAUGAUGAACUUCCGUCAGCGGAUGGGAUGGAUUGGAGUGGGAUUAUAUCUAUUAGCAAGUGCAGCAGCAUUCUACUAUGUUUUUGAAAUCAAUGAGACUUAUAAUAGGCUGGCUCUGGAACACAUCCAACAGCACCCGGAGGAGCCUAGUGAAGGAACCACAUGGACACACUCCUUGAAAGUUCGGUUAUUCUCUUUGCCUUUUUGGUUGUGGACAAUCAUUUUUCUAAUACCUUAUUUACAAAUGUUUUUGUUUCUUUAUUCUUGUACAAGAGCUGAUCCCAAAACAGUGGGCUACUGCAUCAUCCCCAUAUGCUUGGCAGUUAUUUGCAAUCGCCACCAAGCAUUUGUCAAGGCUUCUAAUCAGAUCAGCAGACUACAACUGAUUGACACAUAAAUCAGUCGCCGUUUUACCUUACAAUUACAAAACUGCCAGAACUAUUUGUAGUGUGAUCACAAGACUGCAGUUUCUUUACAAAUCUCAGGAAGUUGUGGUGGGGCUGAGGCUUUUUAAAAAAUGUGGUCAGGGAAUGAUCAUUAUCUGAAUAAUGACUUCUUAGGGAAAGCCUGAGAUACAGUACUACAGAAUCAUGGCUGACUUCAGAUUUUGGAAGUAAAAUUGUGUCUUGUUACUUGCAUUGUUUAGGAACUUGAGUAAGUAUUUCUACUCUACUGUGCAACAUAGUGAUGAUUUAGUUUUUCCUUUGGGGGAAAAAAUGAGUAAGAACAUUUCCAUCGUGUUAAGUGUAAAAAGGUCCAAACAUGGUCAUAAAAGUUUAAAUUUUAUACAAUUACUUGACAUGCUGUAAAAUUCUUCAAACUAAAAGACCAGUUUAUCCUAUGGUAGCUAAGUUUAAUGUUUGUUCACUUUCAGUUUAUGACGAAUUGGUAUAAAUUACUGAGAUGAUCACUGUUUUAUCCCCUGGUGCUAGGGACUUGAACCCAGGCCUGCACAUGCCAAGCACACUCUAACACUGAGCACAUGUCCAGCCAUAAGCAGAAUUUGUUCUUUUUCUGGGUAAUGGCUAGAUUAAUCAUUAUUAAUGUUACUGGUUUAAAAAAACUAUGUGAGAAAGACUAAAUGUUUGACUAGAAAUAAGGUAUACAAAAGAUGGGAACAAGAUGGUCAGUGAAAAUAUAAGGAAUUUAGGCCUUCAGAUCAUUUUGAUAUCCUUUUAAAAGGUACUAUCAUGUCAUCAUCCUGAUUUUCUUUUCUGGCCCAAGGUCAGGUCUUCAGGCAAUGGCAUGAAAAUGUGAUCCUUGUACCUCCUCCUUUGCAUCUGUAAUACUCUGUGUGUGGUACCAAUACAAAUAACUAAAAAAUGAAAAUAGUUUUUUUCUUUUCUGGGAUCAGGCUACAUUUUUAUACAGUUCUGUUAAUACUGGUCAAACUUUAAAAUACUUUUUUUAGUCAUAACAUUUUUUGGUGCUUAUUACUCUGUUCAGCCUGUUUUAAAAGCCUUAUACAAUUGUUGCACUUCAGUACCCCUAAGAUGGCAAUUACUCAGAUUUUACAAAUGAAGAAACUGAGGCAAAAAUUAACCUGUUAAAGGUCAUACAGCUACUAAGUAACAGAGUCAAGGUUACAACAGGCACCUGAUGCUUGUGUUCCUUACCCUGUACUAUAGUGCUUUUUGAGGAUGACAAACUUUUAAACACUAUGUAUGGUCUCCCUAAUCAUGCCAAAGAAUGGAAAUGGCAGUUUUAGAAAAAUUCCCCUCAAUUUGACUGAGCUACUAGAAGCCUGAAAGUUAGUGACCUCACUUUAUGUCACAUUUGACCCAAAAGGCUAAGCAUUCCACAGCAGACUUACUGAAAACAUAGGGCAGGUAUCUUUGUGACUCAAAAGCUGCAGAACAUCCCUUAUCACAGUGACUGUUCUAGUUACUGAAUCUUCUGAUGUAGUACACUCAGUUACCCAAAUAAACAGCAGUUUGAAAUGCCGGUUUCUGAUAGUGUCAGAUAACCAAAACCACUUGCAUCGUUUGAAUACCCAGUUUGCAUGCUACAGGCAUUAUUUUUUGAGAGCUUUUCCCCCCCCUUCACUGUAGCCCUAUAAACAGUUACUAGACUGGUACUACUGUCAUUUUACAGAAAAGGGAAUCUAAAGCACAUGGAAUUAACCUAUCUGUGGUUAUAGUGCCAUUUUGACAUUUUCUUCUCAAAAAAUGAUAAAUUAUCUGGUGAUGCCAGUGCUCCAAAGGUUGAGGCAUAAAGAUCACCAAGAAUUCAAGGUCAGCCUAAACUAUACAGUGAGACCCUAUCUUAAGGGGGAAAAAAUAAAAAGCAAAAAACAAUUUUAAAGAAGAAUAAAUUAAGACAAGACAUUGAGUAUUUUACUCUCUUAUUAGUCUUGCAGCAGUGACAGUUGGGAAUGGUUUAAGAAAAUCAGUUCAACUAUUUUUUGAUUUAAGAAAAUGGGUUCAACUUUUUGUCUUGUAAGUACUUUAUGUAUUACAAAGUUUGUGAGUUUGUCACUUGUGAAGUGGUUUCUUUUUAAUGAAGUGAUUGGUAUCUUUUAUACUUGUAAUUCUUGCAUUUUGAGCUUUGGAAAGUCAAUGUUUAUCUCUGACUAUCAAACUGCCUUGAUCACAGAAAUAUUACAAAGAGAAGGAUUAAUGCAUUUGCAAAUAUAAUUUCAGUUUUCAGAUUACAGAAUUAAUCUGCUUUUUGAUUAUUUAGGAGUUAUUUAUCCAAGAUGUGGAUAUGCCUAGUUUUUUAAAAUGGCUAUUUAAUAGCUCAAAGCAUUCCUUUGGUAGGGUAAAAAGGAUAAGGUAACCCACGAAGAGACUAAAAUUGAUAUAUAGGAGACAGGAUAAUAGCAAAUUACUUAGUUCAUAGUCACAUUGCAUUAUGAAAAGCAGUGAAUACAGGGCUAUGUAGUGAGAUGAGUGGCAAAUACGUGUGUGCUUCAGGGGUUUAGGGAAGAGACAAGCGUUCUAGGGUUCAUAACUUGUAUUUGCUCUCCUAUGUGAAAACAGAGCUGUCUCCCACUAUGAUUUAACAAGUCAUUUGACUUCCAUAGUACUGUUGUUUUUCACUGAAACAUGUCAUACUUCUUUUCUGGUUUCAAACACACUGUCAGUUUUACACCAAAGAUGUAAGUUUAGAAACUUGAUUCUAUUUCAAAACCUUUACAACAAACAAAAGGUUUUCUUCAGGGAUGUGGAAAUGAGCUACAGUGCUCACAUGAAAGUAACUGUACCCAUAAUCAAACCAGUGUGUUCAUCAGUCAUGGUAGUCUUUUUAAGAUUAGCUAGUUGUCUUAGUCACUUUAUUGUCACUGAGGCAAGAUACCCAACACCCACAACUUAGAAGUACAUUCUGUCUCAUAUUUUCACUGAAUGUUCAGCUGGCUCCAAGGCAGGAAGGGCCCCAGCAGAGGAAACUUGCUUGUAUCAUGGAGGUCAGAAAGGGAGAUUCUCUAGGUCACACCCCUCCAGUCACCUUCCUAAAACCCCAUUUACAUGUGCAUGAGGCUGUUGGGGGACAUUUUCAAUUCAAACCAUAACACUAGAGUUGAUUCCCUUGUUGAUGGGAUGGUAGAUUUAACAUUCUCCAUCUCUAAAACAAGACACGUGCUUACUAUAAUGCUGUAUGGCUUUUUUUUUUUUAAAUGACUGGUUAUGAAAACUGAAACGAGGACCUUCCCAUUAGGCUACAUCCCCAGUCCUUUUAAAAUCUGGAGAAAAGGGCUUGCUGAACUGCCCAGGCUGGCCUCAAAUCUGUGAUCUUUGUCUCAGCCUCUGAGUGCUGGGAUUGUGUGUACCAACUCACCCAGCCAUGACUCAUUUUUGCAUGAAAUGUGUCCCAUCACUUUAUACCUUCUCCCACAUAAAAAGCUCAUAUAAUUUUGGGCCAUCGAGAAUCACCAUGCACUAGUAUUUGUUUUCGUCAAAGGCAGUGAGUGGGUGCUGUUUUUUUGCAGAGCCAGGAAUUGAACCCAGAUCAUUCUGAGCACUACCACUGAGCUACAACCUUGGCCUCAGAAUGGGUGUUAUCCAAGGAAAUAAGUAAAAAAGUAAAACUACUGAUUCAAAUGAUGCUAAAGACCCUUCUCAACCUACUGGAUCAGUUUAUAGGGGUGGGCCUCAGUUUUAGAAGCCUUUCGAAUGACUCUCUGAAGGCUCAAAGUCAGUGGUUCAGUGUUUUGCUGUAAUGUUUACUGACGACUCAACUGUUGGUCAUGAGAGCUGUGCUUUGGAACAGCUUCUUCAACAAGGUUUGCUAUAAGUAAACAGCCAUUCUAACUGCAAAUCUUUAUAGAGUUGUAUUUUUUGAUUUCAAAUCCUGCCCAGUAUGUCCAUGUCUUCCUAAUCAAGUUUUACCUCCUUUUCUACAAAAACUGCUGUCCUGUUACACUAAACUGAUGGUCAAAUCUUGGUUCUCAAAUGGUUGGCUUUUAACACUUUGUGUUCUCAGAACAUUCUCCAGUUGACCUCUGGGCCAGAAUAGUUCAGCAGAACUUUAGUGACCUUGGUGAUGUUCUUUACCCAUUCCACAGGAAUGGGCAAAGCCCUUGAAAUGUGGCUACUGUGGCUGACAAACAGAACUGAGAAUUUUGGUGGCAUGUAGCUACUACUGGAUCAGUCUUUAGGAGUGGGCCCCAGUGCCAAGUAGCUACUAUGCACCAAGCGGCCCAAGUGCAGAUCCUGUCAUGGGGCGCCUUCCUCACCACUGCUGCCAUCUCAAAGCCGGCUCUGCCUUGGAGGUCUGAGCAACCGCUAAUGCCCCAGUUACCUUUUCGAUACUUAGUUCUUUGGUCAUCUCAUCCAGUCACAGCUUUAUACACUUAAAUUUACAGCACUAUCUUAGAUUUCUCUCAACUCCUGACUUGAACAUAAGCUGUACUGUUUACUAAGUUCUCACCAGGCACAUGGAAUUUCAUCUGUCCGGAACCAAGGAGCCAAUGUCCAUUCACAAAAAUCUGUUACUGGAGCCCCCUCUGUUAUCAACUCAGUGGCAGGAGGAAUUUUAAAAGAAAUGUUGUCCUCAAAAAUUCUAAAUUUUGGGCCGGGGAUUUAACUCAGUGGCACAAGCACUUGCCUGUCAAGUGCGAGGUCAUCAGUUUGAACCCCGGUACCAAGAAGAAAAAAAAAAAUCUGAAUUUCCCUUCUCAUGAUAAAAGCUGAAUUCUUUAACAUAGCCAAAAUCUAAGUGGCCCGGCCAGCCCUAAAUAUUUAUUUCCUGUUACUCCUUCCAUCCCUGACUCCACUCCAGUCACACUGAUCUAGAUUCUUGAACAGACCAGGAAGCCCUGACUCAGCACCUCUGAGUGUAGCCUGUCGUCUGUGUAGUUGCUCUGGCCUGGCUUGCUUUACUACUUCUUCAAACCUUUGCUCAAAUGUCACCUUACUGAGGCUGAUUACCCUGUUUAAAAUUGGGUAUUCUUUGUCUGUUCACUGCCAAGGGCCCCAUGCCUAGAACAGUGCCUUGCACACAGUAGAAACUAUUAAAUUUCUCGUUAAAGAGUGCAAAACAAUUGAGUUCACUCUACUGAGAAUAAAGGUUAAAAGUUAAUACUAUUAAGUACACAGCAUAAUCUGUCAUGUUUAGUGUAGUUAUUAAUAAUUUUCAGGUUUUGUGUUAUAUUCAGAGUCAAGAAUUAAAAUUGUCAGGGCUGGAGAUACAGCUCAGCAGCAUAGCGCCUGCCUGGCAAGCUCAAGGUUAUAAGUUUAAUCCCUGGUACCAAAAAAAAAAUUUUUUUUUUAAUUGCCUAUUUUUGCUGAUAGGCCUUGUGCUAGUAGUUGUCUUGAAAUCUUCCUUACUGGUGCAAAGAAAAACCUACACCUUUACAAAGGUUUGAAGUGGUGGUUAGAGCCCUUAAAUUCUUGUUACAAUUGUGACGAUUACUCAGGGGCUCAAGGCAAUACCUGGGACCCAUAAAACAUUUUGACUACUUCUAUCCCCACUAGAAUUUCUGGCAGCAGAGUAAAUUUCUAUUUAAAAUUAUACUCCAGGGGCUGGGAUUUAGCUCAGGGGCAUAAGCGCCUGUCUGGCUUUUGCAAGGUCCUGAUUUCAUUCCUGGUACCAAAAAUAAAUAAAACUAUACUCCAGUGGUCUACUGGUAUUACAAUGUGAAGUACUACUUUUAAAAAGAUUUGAAUAAAGUUUAUUUCUAUCA